AUGCCGGGAGCUACGCACGAUGGUGACCUAGAAGCUACUGCAGAGGAGCGCGUGGAACCUCAAAAGAGCAAAGCCAUACUAUCACUUACACUGAUCUUACUUGGACAGUGGCUAUCGAACUCUCGCAACGCUACUGAAUACGAAAGGAGGAUUAUUGCGGUCGAUGCUCCUCGAACUAGAUGGAGGCAUGUACCGUAG